AUGGUCAAGUUCUCCACUCUCGCUCUCGGGCUCCUCGCCAUCGCCGGCGAAGUCUGCGCACAGAGUAAAGUAAAGGUCAUGCCCUUUGGCGCUUCCAUUGUUUCGCGAUGCUGGCGCGCCAAUCUCCAGACUAGUCUUAGAGCUGGUGGUGUUACGAACUUCGACUUCGUUGGUACUCAGAAGAGCAGUUGCGCUGGUACCGACAUCGAUCAAGACCACCAAGGCCACCCUGGAAAACAGGCCGCGGAAUUCGUAGCAAAGGGUAACCUUACUGUCUGGCUCAACCAAAACCCCCCGGAUGUCAUUAUCAUGCUCCUCGGUACCAACGACGUCAUCAUCGGAAAGAGGUCUGUCGACGACAUUCUUGCCUCGUACGACAUCUUAAUCGGACAAAUGCGCAAGAAGAACCCCAAUAUGCAGAUCGUCUUCUCUAACCUACUGCCUCUGGACCCAGCGAAGUGGGCUGCGUCUGCCGUAAAAGGAAUCAAGGACCUCAACACUGCCAUAGCCACCUACGCGCCGAAGAAGAGCACCGUGAAGAGUCCGGUGUACUUUGUAGACAACUUUAGCGGCUUCGAUCCAGUCAAGGAUGCCGAUUCGGACGGCGAGCAUCCCAACCUGACUACGGGCGUGCAGAAGAUGGCAGCCAAGUUCCUUGACCCUACCAAGACGGCAAUAAGGGCAGCAGCUGCAUUGAAGGCGAAGAGGGUCAAGAGGGCUGAUAGGAUGUUGAACUUGUCUGAGUAA